CCCCGGCCUUCAGGCUGUCAGAGGAAGAAAGAACAUUCCAGAGCUAACAGCCCGACCCGCGACCUCGAGCCGUGAGUGUGGAGAACAGUGACUACUGUAUCUAGACCACUGAGGAUGGUAUGGACCUUUACUGAACAGGAAACACUGGAGUAAAUCAUGGAGUCCGGUCAUCUCCUCUCUCCUGAGUCCACGGUGACGUCCCUGCUGUCCAGCUCCAGUCACCUGAGGAGCAGCCUGCUGGCUCCUGAACACAACACCACCUUCAGAUACAGAGAUAAGAACUACACCUCGGCCUCUGCGGCGUUGGACGCCUACAUCUCAGACUUUGAGCGGAGUCAGAGCAGCCAGUUUGUUACGAGGGGGCUGGUUCUGCCUCACAGUCUGCCCUCCACGCCGAGGGGACCCAGAGCGAGCACGCUCAGAAACACAGAUGUUCUCAGGGAACAUUUGACCGACAGAGAGCUGGACUUCCUGAGCCUUCCCGUUAGCUCCCUCCAUCACUGUGGCAACAGAGAUAGACUCUCCAUGACUACAGACGAGCUGCUAUCUAUUCCUUAUGACGGCUCAAUGCCUGUCACGCACACCUCCGCCUUCCUCCAAGGUCUCCUGUCACAGUGCGGAGCCCCCCAGCCCAGAGCAGCACACAGGAACCGGGACAGACUCAGCAGCAGCUACCCUGCCCCCCAAAUGAAGUCCCACCACCCCCAUCCAACCAGGAGCUCCAGGUGCAGAGGCAGACCGGGGGCAGCCAUGAUGAAUCCAGACGUUGACAUGGUCUCCCCCCACAGGUGUACACACAGAGCAGACCCCUCUGUGUGUCUGCACCUCCCCCGCUGGUUUACCUCCAACAAGACCGACAUGGACUGUUCUGGGAUCAGCAGUGUGCCGGACCAGAAGUACCCAGCCUGGAUCCAGCGCUGUGAUGUCAGCGAGCGGCCCCCACCCUCAGAGUCAGAUUUGUGGGAUGAGCAAGAUCCCAGAGGUGGCGCUCCUUCCUGGGUAGCAGAGCUGGACCACGAGGAUCAGACCCUUUCACAGGUUGACAGUUGGCAGACUCUGAGAGAUCUGAGGCUUCAGUUAGCUGAACACAUCUCUCUACUCGCUGCAGAGAACAACAGAUCGGGCAUUGUGGAAACUAUGUUCAGAGACAACAGGCUGGAGUCUCUGAUCCAGAAGGCCGAUCAGGUGCUGAGCUGUCUGACUCACAAUCCUGCAGUAGGUGGAGCUGAUGGAUCUGAUGGAGCUGUCAGUUCAGCGAACACUGAGGAGCUGCUCUCUUCCUCUCACUGUUGUCCACCCAUCAGGGACUCCGUGACAGUGGGGGGUGUCACAGAGGCUGGGACUGACAGAGGGGCUCAGGGGCCGUGCUCCGGACUCCAUGGAACCAGCGUGUUUAAGCAGCCAGGUCCAGUGGAGGCUCUGAAACAGAUGCUGUUCAGACUGCAGGCGGUGGAGGCGGAGCUUCAGAGACAACCACAGGCUCCAGCUGCUGCAACACCUGCUGACAGGCUGCACACAGAGGAGGCUCCACUGAAGCAGAGAUCUGAAGGUGGGGCCGAUCUGGAGACUUUUCCUGGUGGACCUUCACUUCAGAGAGCUAUGCAUCACCUGAGCCGUCUGAAAGUGCUGGUGGAAGAACCCAAAGAGAAACCCAAAGGGCAGAAGGACGAAGAUGAAGGACGUUACUCCUCUUCCUCUGCUGACGGACUCUCCUGCACCCAGCUGAAACCCUCCUGAAGCUGAAGUCCUCUUCCAGCACGAGGGCCUUCGGUUAGUGUGGCCCUCAACCCUCAGGCAGUGUGGACCUCAGAGUCCUCUCUGUCCUCUGGGACUGCUGGCUGUCACCUCCAGCAGCAACAUCACAUGGUCUUAGAUUACGUCCGUUCUGGAGUUGUGUGUUGGAUGAAAAGGUGCAAUCCUCUAAAACAUUACUCGGCCAGAGACUAAAUCACAUUUUUUGUUUUAAUAUGUUGAAGUUGUUUAAAGUGUUAAAAAACAGCUUUAAAACAUUGGAUACAGCUCACAGUUGUGGAAGUUUGAAAAAGGACAUGGAGACAAAAAAUAUAGACCAAAUAAACGUUUUGUAAGUCCUCUUGUUGGACAUUUGACCGGGGUUACAGGAAAUGAUGGUUCCUAAAGCUCUAAUACAAUAAAAGGGAUAUCAGACGGAAAGAGCUGUUGGAUGGUGGAUUGUUUUACUUUUGAUGGAGCGAGACCUCCGCUUCCAGUUUUUGUGCUGGUUCUGCAGCGUCUCAGUGAUGUUAAAGACAAUCCCUCUCUGAAGGAAGAAAUGACCAAGCAGAUGUUCUAAAAGUGUCAUAUUGAUAUCAGAAAUAGCCAAUAUGAAUAAAGGACAUAAUGUUGUUUGUUACUGCACUGACAUUUUCUUCAAUGAUAACUCUUUCUAUAAAUAGCCAAGCUAUCAGUGAUGCUCUCCGGAUGGCAGUGUCACAUUGCUAGUUGGAUACAUUAAUGCAUUAACAUGUUAGCAUUCUGUCAAGUAAAACUAAACCUAAGCUUGGAAAUGUGUCAGAAGUUGAACCCAUUCAUUUUCUCUUUUUUUAUUUUGCUAUACAUCAGCAUGUUUACCAUGGAUGUGAGCAUGCUAAGUGGAGCAUUUUAAAUUAUGAACGUUAACAAGUGAACAUGUCAACUGUCACUGUAGCCAUAAUAACAUGCUAUCAUUAAAAUGUCUAAAUGCCAACUUUU